UGUCAUCAAUCGCCAUCUUCAUUUGCUUCUUCAACCUUAAAAUAUAAGAGAAAUAUAACCAAAAUCUCGCUUUAAUCCUGGGUCCCACAACACUAAACCCUCACUCUUCAGUCUUCGUCUUCUUCACCUCCCAAUCUCAAUCUGAAAGCCCUAAAACCCCUUCACUCUCAGCUCCUCCCAUGGCUGCUGCUCUUCAACUCAGACCAAAACACAGAACAACCCUUCACAACAACCCUUCUCUCAUCCACCUAUUCUCCUCCUCCAACUCCUCCACUCCUCCUCCUCCUUCUCCUCCAGACCCCACCACUUCUGACCAAUCUCAAUCCUCUUUUACCUCCUAUUUCUCUGAUGUCAAAGCCAGCCUCAAACACCAACAACAACAACAACAAAGACCCACUUCCCCAUUUUCACCAAGGAACCCCACAAACCCAUCAUCAAAACCUUCAAACCCAUCUUUCUCUAAGCCUUCAAAAGUCGCUUCCCUCGAAGAAAUUCGCAAAAACCUCUCCGAAUUUCGUUCCCGAUCCGCUGUUCCACCUCCCACCAUUCAGCCCAACAACUCUAACUCUGCACCCUCCUCUUCCUCUCAGCACAUUUCAUUUCAAGAGCUUUACAAAAGAAAUGUGACUGCCAAGGCAGCAGAGGAAAAUGCUGCCAAUAACACCACUGACUCCGCCCUCGGAAAGCUGGGUGCUGGUGCAGGCGGCAAGCUCUCUUUCGAUGCGAUUCGUGAGAGCUUGCGGCAGCUCCGAUUGACAAAUGAUUCACCCCAGAAUGAGAGGAGGAGUGGGGAUCCCAUGUCCUUAUCGGCAUUUAAGAAUAGUUUGAAAUUGAAGCCCGCGCCAGAUUCUGCCCCGGUGUUUGGUGGGACUGAUUCGCUGCCAGUUUCGGUGUUUGGGAAGGAGAGGGAGAGGAAAGAAGGGGAGAGGGAGACAAUGGCGAUGAAGACAGAGUUUGUGAAGAUGUAUAGCUAUGGGGAGUUGGGGGAGAAGCUGAGGAAGCUCAGGCCUUCUGUGCAGGGGGGGAAGAAGGAAGGGGAUUCGUUGGGCUUUUCGCUCUCCGAGUUGAAUGAGAGGCUGAUGAAGCUGAGGGAGAUGGAGGAGAAGGAGACCGAGUCGAGGAUUGGCGGGGUUUCGUUUAAGGACUUGAGGGAGAGCUUGGUUUGGCUAAGGUUGACAGAAACUGAGAAGGCAAAGAAAAAUUCGAUCCAGAGACUUGAUAUCUUGGGUCAGUUAGGCAGAACUCCAAACUUUAUGCUGCAACCUCCAAAGGAGCAUCUAGUUGAAAAGUAUUUCCAUCCGGAUAAUAUGUCUUCUGCAGAAAAAAUGAAAAUUGAACUUGCAAAAGUUAGAGAUGAAUUUAAAAUGUCAGAUUCAGAUUGUGGAUCCGCACGUGUUCAAGUGGCGCAACUCACAACUAAGAUCAAGCAUCUAUCUUCAGUUUUACACAAGAAGGAUAAGCAUUCUAUAAAGGGUCUUCAAGCAAUGGUGCAGAGGAGGAAGAGAAUAUUGAAAUAUCUCCGAAGAACUGACUGGGAUUCCUACUGCUUGGUUCUCUCUAAACUUGGUCUCCGUGACAACCCUAACUACAAGCACUAGAAUAGUACACAAUGUGAUCCCUGUGUUUUCUUUGUAAGAUAUUAUUUGGUCUCAGGGAUAACCUUUAUCAGAUGAAAACUAGGCUAGUCAAUAAAGUGACCAGCUCUCAAUUUCUUUCUUUGUUCUUUCUGUUCUCUGUUUUUGUUUUUGGUGUAAGAUCACAAUUGUAGUUGGUCUACCUGAGUUUUGGUCCAUUCCAUAUGGGAGUCAAAGGAUGUUACAGUUCAGUUUUGAUCCAAUUCCUAAUUUUUGGCUUGCUUCUUCCCUUUUUCUUACAAGCUUGUUCUUAAUGUAUGUCAUUUUGAAGACAUUGUUGUUGAAUUUUCAAGUUAAUGUAACAGCAAAGAAAAUCAUACAUUUCUGUACUU